GUUAGGUGUUCUUACAUAAUAGUCGACCAUCGCGAACAAGUCGUGGGUCCCAACGCGUUAUCGUUCAAUUUAGAUGGAUCCAAGAUUUAUUGUGGAUAUAAGAAUAUGAUUAAAAUAUAUAACACAAAUCGACCUGGUUAUGAUGGAGAUGAAUAUCCUACGACUCCUGCGAGAAAAAGUAAAGAGGGACAAAAAG